ACAAGCAAAGUCCCCGACAGUGAGCAUGUCCAUUCAAACCGCUUAUUCCUUUUUUACGUUCCCGAGCUGUGAAGGCUCACAGGAAAGUGGCAAUUUAAAACCGAAUGAAGGAGAGCAGUUAAACAGAAAGGCUGAGGGCAGGACUGCUUUAACAUCAGAGGCAAAAUGAGGAACCGCUAAGGCGACCUGGCCUGCCUCCAGCUGUGCAGCAGGCCCUUCUGGUUUUAACCUAUUGGCGUUCUUCAAGGCCGUUUUCAGAGGCCAGAUUUAUACUUGGGUGUUGUUUUCUCUUUUCCUGUAAAGCCGAGGCAGAGCCGGACUCCUUCGCUGUGAGUUUAAGGGUGUUGGUAAAAUAAGUCAUUACCGGAAACAACUGUUUGGCAGCCUGGGGUAGACUCAGGUUAUUAGUUACAACUAUUAUUAUUUAGAUGCCUUUUUUUUUUUUUUAAACCCAGGUCAGCCACUUCCCCCUGUCCUCCAUGGAAGGGCUCUUAUUAACGUGCUCAGGUUUUGGGCACCGAUGAUUCUUUGGCAUGACCAUUCGGAAAGUUCUUAAGCAAGGAUGGAACAAACUUGAUUGGAGUUGUGGAAAAAGAAGACAGAUUUGCAUUUUUCAUGCUGACACAAAAUAGCGGCUAUGACUUUUUCUACAACGUGGACAGGGGCCAAGUGAAGCUGGACUGGUCAUGGUCUGUCGGCCAGUGUUCCUCUGUCGCCGGCGAUUUUGUUCCCGGCCCUUCUUGGUGGGCUUGGUGGUGGCCAUCUGUCUCUUCUACCAGACCCUGACACUGCGAGGGACAAGGAAGCCCACCAGCGCUGUCCCUGGGGCUGCUGCCCACACACCCACUGAAACCCAUGCAAGCAGAUGCAAGAAAGGAUUCUCCCAGGACACAGAAUGUUUUCUUCUCUCCAGUAUUGCAGGACAAAUCAGAAAGAUCGAAGGAUCAAUCGAGACCCACUUUGGCAGUCACGGCAGAAGGGCUGUACUCUACAGGCCUCCUUCCUACAGCAAAGUCGAGCUGGGGCUCCACCAGCACAUUCUCGCUCAGCAUCGCUAUACGGUUGUCAUCGCCGAAGACAGGCUUGGGCUGGGGCUUGGGCUGGGGCUGCUAGAACGAGGUGACUUGGGCUCUUGGGAUCUGCUCAUUUGCCUGUCUUCUAGAAAUGCUGAUGGAAAACCAUGCAUAUCCAAGCAGGACCUGUGCCAGUUAAGUUUACAUCAAAAGGUAAAUGUAUUACCAGAAAUACAGCAUCAGCUUUGCAGAAGAGAAGGAUUAUGUCAAAUAAUUAGAAGAUUUCCAGAAUUGCAACUUCCAGUGAGUCCCUCGGUGUGUUUGGAUCAGGGAAUUCAAUUAAAGCCAAGUACUUCGAGUCACCUUCUAAAAACAGGGAAGCCAUAUACAUGGAAACCAUGGGACUGGAGACGUGAACAGCUGAAUGAAACAUCAGUCCUUGCUCCACAUGAAACAGUCUUUCGAACUGAAGAUUUAUCUGUGAUUCUUAAAGCCUAUGUGUUGGUGACAUCCUUAACCCCUUUACGUGCAUUCAUUCAUUCAACUGGCACGGUUUGGAAUCCACCAAAGAAAAAACGGUUCACUGUCAAGCUGCAAACAUUUUUUGAGACAUUCCUGAGGGCCAGUUCACCUCUUCAGGCCUUCGAUAACAUGAAGGAAGCAAUUAGCAAACUCCUGCUAGCUGCUGAAGUGGUCAGUGAGACAUCUACUCUGGGAGCAAAGACUUUCAACAGAUGCACAUUUUGUUUUCAACUUUUAACUUUUGAUAUUGGUUAUGGCAGUUUGAGGUACCCUGUGGUGCUCCAGGUGCACGAGUAUUUCAGCGUUCAAGGUGAUGAUAAUAUGGAGUUUGAGGACCAAAGUACAGAAGAAUUCCUUUUAAAAGACACUUUCAACUUUCUCUUCUCUAAUGAAUCUUCACUUUCUGUAUUUUAUGAGAUGUUUCAGAGACUUUAUAGAUUGGGUGUAUUUAAGGGUGAAAAUUAUCCAAAGGAACUAAACCAAUGCCUGUCUUUGGAGGAAAUUAACUCAAUUAUGACUUUUAUAAAGGAACUUGGGAGUCUGGGACAAUUCCAACUGCUCUUUCCAUCUACUGCUCCUAGGAUUCAAUCUUGGAUGCGAGAAUUUUAUGAUAUGGGAAAUCUUAUGAGAAAGCCUGACUCAGUCCUGACCCAAUAUUGGUCUCUUUUAAAUAUAUUUGAACAGUUUCAGCUCUUGAAUAAGAAGACACAGCUACAUCCCCUGGAAUGGAAUUCUUCCCCAGAGGAUGAGAACAUUGAAAAACCACAAGUACCAUUUGAUGCAACUGAAAAUAAAAAAGUUCCACAAAUAGUGAAUGGAAAUAAACAAAUGCACUGCAGUAAUGAUAAAAACACUCUAUGUUAUAUCAAGGAGAUCUUCACACAUCCACAUUUGGAACUAAAUCCAGAAUUUCAUCCACAAAUCAAAGACUAUUACUCUGAAGUCCCUUUUGAUGUGGUCACAGUGACAAUUGGAGCCGAGACUUCGAAGUGUCAGUGCAAGGUGCACCUGCAUGAGCAGGCGGGGCCGAGUUUUUCCAACUAUCCUCUGGGCUUAGGAAUGAACAAGAUCUCAGUGUUUGUGGUGGAUGAAUCACCAUUCCAGGGUGAGACCUUGAUCCUGUACAAACUCACCAUCUAUAGAGAAGACCGCCCAAGUCUGCCCCUGUUUGAUGACUUCACAGCAUGCGGUUUUGUGCAGGAUUGUGGUUUGCAGAUUCGCCCAGAGGAAACGUGUGGGUUACAGCAGAUUUCCUCAGACUACAUUGAAGCCAUUUCACAACCUGAACUAAAGAGUUGUUCAUCUGGGGACACGAAAGGCCAGUGGAUUGUACCUUGCCUGAGUUGUUCAGACAACAGGACCUGUGACUGGAGAGAAAUAACUUGGCAGCCCCACAAUUGCCAAUAUGGUGUCUUAAGUAAGCCUCAACUCCAGCAGUGCCUGGAAGGAAGAAAGAUUCUUUUCAUUGGAGACUCAACCAACAGAGGGAUCAUGUACUAUCUGAUUGAAAGACUGAAUGAAACCUUGCAGGAAUGGCAGAAGGUGCAUGGCACUAAAUUCUAUCACAAUGUCAAUGGUGGGAAGACUUUGGUCAGCUAUUCCUAUUAUCCCCAGUUCUGGAUAAGCUCUUCAUUGAGACCAACAUUUGAAAAAGCACUUGAAUAUCUUUUGCAAAGAUCACGUCCCCUAGAGAACACCGACCAGACGGUAUUGGUUGUUGGUGGUGUUCAGUGGCUUAAUUCCAAUCAUCUGCAAAUUAUCCACAAGGUUCUGAAGAGGGAAAAUUUGCUCAAUAUCCUAGUAAUCAUUAAAACUUUGGGAAUUGGAUUUCACCUACCAGUGGAUGGAGUGCAUUUCUUAACACAGAGUGAAGUACAAAACUUAUGGAAAGAAAAUGUCAUUAUUGUGGAUACUGCAAAAAAAUAUGGCUAUGAAGUAGUUGACACAUUCACUGUAACAAUGGGGAGAUAUAAAGAGUUUCUGCAGGGGAAGUGUGGAUGCCAUUUCCAUGAGGUAGUGAAAUCAACAUUAUCCAAAGAUUAUCAUUUUAUUAAAAUGAAAAGAUCAAAGAACCAUACCGUGGGAAAAUACUUCAGCAAUCAGAACAAACUACAGCAGCGACAAGACUCUGGAACUCACGUCCCGUCACCUUAUCAUGUCAGAGGUCCAAUCAAUCAGGUUUGUUCUGAAAUCCUUCUCAGCAGGAUGUGUGCAGGUGAAAGGACCGAGUAGACUCACCGCAGGAGAACAGAAUUUGGAAUCAGAAACAAGACAGUGACCUAGACAAGGGUCUAGGAACCAAGCCCUGUGCAUCGCAGGUAUUCACUGGCCGCACACACUUGCGCACACUGGCAUACACGUGCACAGCAGUACACACAGAGCUAAAAGCGUGCUUUUGCGGCCUUACAAAGUCAAGAUAUGAACUUGAACAGUUCAUUUCAGAGUAAAAGGUGAAGCUAGAAAAAGGUUACUUGAAGUACAAACAUAAACUAGGACCACCAUGAGCCAGGUUUUGCAUUAUGAAAAUGAAGAGAAAAGACACUUGAAUUAUGUGGAAAGAGGAAAACACUCUUUGUUGUUAUUUUAUCUUCUCUAUAGGUACAUUAAUAUUGAAAGGGGGGAAAAUAAUUACAUUCCACUUGCAAGUAGGGAUUGUGCUUGUGUUUAUUACCAGGAGAAAAUGUCGUGUUUAUGAUGGCUUAGGCCUUGUGAAUCUAAUGUUUAUGCAAAACAGUUCCUCCUAUAUUUUUUAACCUUUGUAAUGGAAAGAAAAAGAACAGGAAUGCUCCAGAAGGGAAUUUAAAAAGACUCAAGGAGGAAAAUAGGAAGUGAAAUAUUUUACAGUUAAAACACCACUUUAUUUAGCUUUCCAUAAACAUUCCCUCCUGUCCUGUGAACUCAAGGGAAACUGCAGUGUAAACUGAUGAAAUACACCAUUUUAAAGUGAGGAACAAAAUAUAAUUCCUCAUGUAUUGUUUUUCUAUAUUUCAUUGAUAAUAUUAUUUAAGAACGCUUCUGUUUGUUAUUACAACCCUAUGUAAUCUGAGUACAAUUGUACUUCAGGUAAAUGUUUUGCAAAGCAGUAUGCAUUUUCAAAUGUGUAGGUAUUUUUUUUCCAUAACACGUUUG